CGCUAUUCCCUCUCCAUUCAAGGUGCGGCAGCCAAGCAGGUGCGCGAGGAAUCGUCGAGAAAUCAUAUAGCUGUUGUUUGCUAACUUUAUUUUUUUUUAAAGCUAAGGAAAACGUGCCUAGAUAGCAAAAGAGGAGCCAGUUUUUUUCUCGCAAGGAAGCAGACUUGUUUUUUAAAGAAGAGAGAAGUCUGUGUCUUGAGGAGUACCUGAACAGGUGAACAGCGUCCUUUGUGUUUUCAAAGUCAAGUCGGAGAAGAAGUAGAAAUGGCUAACUCGGGUCUUCAGAUUCUGGGAUUCGCCCUGGCUCUUCUGGGCAUGAUUGGACUAGUAGUUGGUACAAUUAUGCCCCAGUGGAAGAUGUCUGCCUACGUCGGGGACAACAUCAUCACUGCGAUCUCCAUGUACGAAGGACUGUGGAUGUCCUGUGCGUUCCAGAGCACAGGUCAAAUGCAGUGUAAAGUGUACGACUCCAUCCUGCAGCUCAACAGUGCCCUUCAGGCAACCCGCGCCCUCAUGAUUGUGAGCAUUAUUGUAACGCUGGCUGGUCUGGGUGUCGCUUGCAUGGGAAUGAAGUGUACCAACUGUGGCGGAGAUGACAAAGUGCGCAAGUCCCGCACUGCAAUGGGUGGUGGAAUUAUUAUCUUGAUUGGAGCUUUGUGUGCCAUUGUUGCCUGCUCUUGGUAUGCGAAUGACAUCAUCCGGGCCUUCUACAAUCCCUUCACCCCUGUCAACACUAAGUAUGAGUUCGGUUCUGCCAUCUUCAUUGCCUGGGCUGGUGCGUUCCUGACCGUUGUGGGAGGUGGCAUUCUGGCAGCAAGCUGUCCAAAAAGCAAAGGGCGUCCAAGUGGACCAAAGUAUCCCAUCUCCAACCCCAGAUCCACUGGUAGCAACAAGGAUUACGUAUGAACAGGAACGUUCCUGGUUUGAGGCUGAAGGAACACUUUAACAUUUACACUUGUCCAACUCAGAGAUUGAAGCAUUGCAAAGAUGUAUCGCAGGAGGUGGAGACCUCACUUUUUAUUUUGUAUUUUAGUUUCACCAGUACUAACCUGUGAUGUUACUCUAUUUUAUUAAAUCCAGUAAAAUAUUUUAAAUGAUGGCUGUUUACUCCUGAGACCAAGAUUAUUGGCUUUGUUUUGUCUGGAUCUGUACCUACUGCUUGCGUGCUUAUAUAAUGUACACCACACCACCACCCACGUACUAUGUCAGUCCUCCCUCAUUCUGCCAAAAUGCGGUACUGUGACACUGGCAGUAGACCCUUUAGAUCAGUUACGGGUUUGGUUCAGUGAACCUCUGCAAUGUGCUUUGGUGUCUGAAGAGCUUUGGGGCGCGCCAGUUGUAAGCAAAUCUUUUUCUUUCUUUUUUUUUUUUCUUUCCCCCUCCAAACUAAAUUCUUCUCAUUGGCAUGUGGCAGCUGUGUUAUCUUGCUGCUGCCAUCAGAGAGUGCCAUAACACAUGAGGGAGCAUAGUGGGUCAAGUUGCCAACAAUGUCAACAAUUGGACAACAAACCCCCCCCCCCCACUCCUGUUUUCAAAAAAAAAAAAAAAAAAAAAAAAACAUUUGUAAGGACUGAAUGCAUAAUAUUUAGUCUGCCAUCCAAGAUGAGAAGCUCUGUGCUACCAAUAUUACACAUUUUGUUUCCCCUGUGUAAACACGACAAAUCAUACAACCACAAACUAUUAUAGCUGUAGUUUUGUUUUUGUUUUUGUUUGUUUGUUUGUUUGUUUUGUUUUUUAAUCAUUUGCAGGAGUGAAUUUGGAACUACAAAUACAGAUUUUUCAAAAUUUCUAGUGUUUUGCUGAGAAAUGUUGUGACCUUGUUUUUGACUUUUUCUGUCUUGAUUACUGUUGUUUUGUGUUUUGUCACAAUAUCUGUUGCAUACAAUAAAUUUUCAGUUUUUAAAAAGAUUUUUUUUUUUUUUUUUAUUGUAAAUUUGUGUUGUACAUUAAAAAUGGAAAGA